CCCCACAUGCACAUAUCCACUUUAUUAUAUAAGGUAGCCAUCCUUCCCUUCUUUCCCUUCUUCUUUCCUCUUCUCAUCGAAUCACUCACCCCUCCACCUUCCUUCAUCAUCUCAUUCCUCCUCCUCCUCAUUCCUCCUCCUUCUUUGUUCCUUCCCUCGCUCGUCUUAUUUUUUUAAUCCAACCGAGACAGAUACCAAAUGGAGCCUUCGUCAACCACAGCUUCUGCCCGUCUCGCCGCGGUGCAGAACCACCUCACGAUCCAGCCAUGCUUCCAGCGGUAUGCGAUCCACAACGAUAAGCCCACAGGUCCCGCUGAUCUGGCCCGCGAGCGUGCCAAUGCAUCCUUCAAGGUCGAGGACAUGACCGAGGUCAUCCUCCGCGGCAAGGAGAACGUCGAGGCCCUUAACAUCGCGUUCCAGCUGAUCCAGCGCGACCCGGACCUGCGCAUGCGUGAGGGCCACCAUUAUGACUUGACCAGGGCCCAGGACCGUGAGCAGACAAUGCGCCAGAUCGCCCGCACGCUCGAGUUGAAGAAGCAGAUCAAGGACCCUCGUCUUCAUCAGGCCUUGUUCAUGGCCAUGGCCUUCUAUUCCGAGUCGUACUCGAUGAGGAUGUAUGUCCACGACAUGUUGUUCAAGCAGGCGUUGUUGCUCUUUGGAACUGCAGAGCAGCAGGAUAAGUGGAUGGACGAUAUCGAGAACUGGAGAGUCAUUGGAUGCUUUGCCAUGACCGAGUUGGGACACUCGUCCAACUUGCGCGGUUUGGAGACGACUUCGACCUACGAUCGCGCCACCAACGAGUUCGUGAUCCAUUCGCCCACCUUGACCGCCACCAAGUGGUGGAUCGGCAUGUCUGGCGAGACUGCAACCCACACCGUUGCUAUUUGCCAAACCGUCGUUGAUGGAGAGAGCCACGGUAUCAACUGGUUCAUCGUUCCCCUCCGCGAUCCCAAGACCGGACGCCUCUUGCCCGGUGUGACCUGCGGAGACAUCGGCCACAAGUCCUCUCGCCAGGGUCUCGACAACGGCUGGAUCCAAUUCACACAGGUCCGCAUCCCCCGCGAGAACAUGUUGAUGAAAUGGGCCUCGAUGAGCCCCGAGGGUGAGUUUACACCUUCGCCUAACCCUGUCCUGUCCUAUGCGACCCUCAUCCCCGAGCGUUUCACGAUCCUGAGCGGAUCCCAAGUCGUGUUGGCCCAGACCUUGACAAUCGCCGUCCGCUAUGGAGCCGUCCGUCGCCAGGGUAACCACGACGAGCAGAUCUUGGACUACCAGACCCACUACACCAGCUUGAUGCCCGGAGUUGCAUUCAUCUACAUGCUUAACAUCGUCGACCGUGAGCUGUUCGAUAAGUGGGACGAAGUUGCUGAGUAUGCCCAGACGGACGCUGGUGCGUUUAUGCGCGAGAUCCCUGAUCAGCACGGAGUCUCGGCUGGUUUCAAGGGAGCCUUGGCCUGGUACGUGACCGACAUCCUGGAGUCUUGCCGUCGUGCCUGCGGUGGUCACGCUUAUUCCGCUUACAACUCGAUCGCUGGACUGAUCGGCGAUUAUGGUGUGGUCACGACCGGAGGUGGAGACAACGUGGUGUUGAUGCAGCAGUCGGCUCGCUACCUGAUUACCACCCUGAAGUGGGCCCAGGAAGGCCAGGAGGUCGUCGGAUCCGUCAGCUACUUCAACGACUACAAGAAGAUCCUCCAGAACCCCAAGACCACACUCCAGGACCCUCGCGAUCUCCUCAACCACGAUUUCGUGAUCGAUGUCCUGACCUGGGCUUGUGCCAAGAAGGCGACUGACUUGGGCGCGAUCCUUGCGGAAGCUGGCAAGGCCAACUUCGACCAGGCUUGGAAUGCCAACCAGACGGAACUGGUUCGUCUUGCAGAUGUGCACGCUUGGAGAUACUUCUUGAUCUUGUACCAGCGUGGUAUUGACCGCGAGAAGAGCAAGACUGUGUACCCAAUGUUGCGCAAGAUGGGUCAGUUGAUGAGCACUUUCGCGCUUCAGAAGCACUUGGAUCUGUUCAUGGAAGAAGGAUACUUUGAUGGCUCGCACUCGAAGAUGGUGCGCCAGCUGUUCUUGGAUCAGUGCAAGGAGUUGCGCAAGGAUGCGGUUCCACUGGUGGACGCCUGGAUCAUUCCUGAUUAUAUCAUCAAGGCGCCCAUUGGAAAGUAUGAUGGAAACAUCUACCCGGCUUACUUUGCCACGGUCAACGAGGCCCAGAAGUCGUUCGACCCUCCAGCGUACUGGCACAAGUAUGCGUCACCCUUGGUCAACGCCCCUCGCCCUGGUGAGAAGAAGGGAUGCCAUUGCUAGAUUGUCGUCAAGUAACCGUGCACGCGCAAUAUAGACCGGGAAGGACGGAGUGAGAUGGAGAUAUAUCCUUGUACAAAGACCAAAAUAAAGCUGUUCAGCAGAGCAAUU